UACUGGACGGGACUCUUAUUCUGAAUGAUUCCAAAAAUCCGUGACCUGGAAAUACUUAAUUAUUCUUGCCUGCUUUACACACUGAACUACUUCACAGCGUCUAAUUUUUUAGCACGUGUAUUUGCGUUGUUGUUAUUGAACCAGACCGGACGCGGAGGUAGGAGAUAGCUGUCUUUCAAAUAAAUAACUACACAGUCCACCAGUGAGUCCCUAUUGUGUUAAAAUGUAUUGUAAAUGAAUUCAUCGUUUCGAGAGUUCAUGGCUGUCAGGUGUCCAUAAACGGUAACAAAUCAUGAACCGGCUGCCUGCAGACACCGUGAGGCUUCUGUCCAGCUGUCAGGUCAUCAACUCUGUGGUAAACGUGGUGAAGGAGCUGCUGGAGAAUUCCUUGGAUGCUGGUGCCUUGAGCAUUGACAUUAAACUGGAGAAUUAUGGUUUUGAUCGAAUAGAAAUCAGAGACAAUGGCUCUGGCAUCAAAGCUGCUGAUACUGCUGUGAUGGCUGUGCAACACUACACCUCUAAGAUCUGCAGCCACGACGACCUGGAGCACCUGGUGACAUAUGGCUUCAGAGGAGAGGCCCUGGGCUCCAUCUGCGCUGUGGCAGAGGUAGCUGUCACGACAAAGACGUCAGAGGACGACGUCGGGACCCGAUACACGCUUGACCUCACGGGAAGUGUUGUUUCCCAGAAGCCCUCUCACCUAGGGCAAGGUACCACAGUCUGUGUGCUGAAGCUUUUUAAGAAUCUCCCAGUGAGGAGGCAGUACUAUGUCAACACGAAGAAGUGCAAGGAGGAGUUGAAGAAGGUGCAGGACCUGCUCAUGGCCUAUGCCAUUAUAAAACCAGAGCUGAGACUCACCCUCACUCACAAUAAGGUGGUGUUGUGGCAGAAGGCCAAGGUGUCCGAUCACAGGAUGGCUCUCAUGGCUACACUGGGGCCCAACGCUGUGGCCCACCUGCUCCCCGUCCACCAUCAACAACCAGAGAUCGUAAUUGAUGGAUUCUUUCCCAGACCUGGUAUGGAUUGCUCUUUAGCAAGCUCCAGUAACCCCGACAAAACAUUUAUCUUCGUGAAUGAUCGACCUGUCCACCAGAAGGAUAUCCUGAAGGUGGUUCGGCAGCACUUCCUGGCUCAGUACCCGGCAGACUCUGCCCUCAAUCGUUACCCCACUGUGAUGCUCAAUAUCACUGUUCCCUCAUCCACUGUAGACGUUAACCUGACACCCGACAAGACCCAGAUUCUGCUCCAGAACAAGGUGGCUGUGCUGGCUGCAGUGGAGACGCUGUUGGUUUCCUUCUAUGGCCCUGGGUUGGGGUCUGCCACUGAGGCUACACCAGUCACUACAGAAUAUGAUGGAGGCAGCGGCCUGCAUGCUGGCCCAUCACUGGGCGACUGUAGGGGAAACGCUGAGUUAGAGGACAGUCUUGCGGAGCACAGUGUCAGAGUGGCCAAGGCUCCAUCUGACUGCAGUGAUGGCCCUCUAUCCAGGGUAGUGGCUGGUGACCAGACAGCAGACACUAGCUCCUCCUCUUCCUCUGAAGACUGGAUAGUUAACCUAAAUCCAGGGGACUUUGACCUGGCAUUUCCACAAUUGGAAGAUUACAUGGCUUCGACCGGCACCGGGACAACAAAUCCAGGCACGGCCAAAGGCCUGGAGAGGCUCGACAACCACGACCAAGGUCAUGACAAAGGCAAAGACGUUGAGCAGUUAUCAGCAGUGAGUUGGAGCCGAGGAACGGCUCUGACAGACCCCUCCACAGGCGAGCCGUUGCAGCCCGUCAAGAUCCACCUGGCCACCGGAUGGAGCAGUGACCUUGGCCAGGUCAAGGCCAAGGGUCAGAGCAGCCCUGGCAAAAAGGUGUCCAACGCUAUAACGGAGAAACGGGCGGCGCUGACGGCCUACGACUUGAUCAAUAACCGUGCCAUGAGGACACCCCUGUCCCCUGCCGCCCUGUUUGAGAGGGAGACCCGGGCAUCAGUUCUCCAGGAGAAGCCCACAGCCAGCCUGCAGGACAUCACCACUGCCGUGCAGGAGCGAUGGAAAAACCUGGGGGAGGAGGACCGAAAAAAGUAUGAGGAUAAGGCAAAGAAACACCUGGAACGCUAUGACCUCCAGACCAAACUGGCCUCUGAUCGAGAUGUGAGAGAGCCCGAGCGGCGGCUCUGUCUGGUCUCCCCGCUGAGUCGGCCCCAGGGCCAGAAACGCAAGGUCCUGCCUUCUAACCAGCCGGUCCUAGACCAACUCUUCUUUUCCCAGCCCCAGAAAAAGAGGAGCCCUGGGCCAAAGCCCUCACAACCACUACCGUUCAGUGUGGUUACCCUCAGGCAGCGGCUUCAUCGCCUCUCAUUCCAGAGCAACCCAAGACCUCAGGGCCUCCGGCUUGUAAACCGCUUGGCCUCUCAAAGCGCCUGGGUCGUUUUAUGUGGUAGAAAGCUUGUGUUGUUAAAUCCAUUUCGGGUGGAGGAGGCCUUGCUGUUUAAGAGACUUCUGGAGAAUAAUAUACUUCCAGCAGCGAGCCUGCAGAACCCGAUACAGUUAACAGAUAGUAUCCUAGGGGGUGCUGAGUAUACUCAGUCUCUCUGUACAAUGGAGAAGGGAAGUCCUGAGCUGAGAGGAAUGGCCAUCUUCUCUGAUCCCAGGCUUGUGGCCAACGGGUUUCAAAUCACACUCACUCCAGGGUCCUCGUCCACUGAGAGACAUCUGGAAGUGACAGCGAUGGCCGACUGCGUGCCUUUCCUCGGUAUGGAGGACCUCAGGGAGAUCCUUACAGCUGUUCUGCACAGGAAUGCUAAGACCGUAAAGGAGUGCCGGCCGCUAAAAGUCACCAACUACCUUCAGGGAGAAGCUGUUCGACUGGCCCGUCAGCUGCCUGUGACCCUUGCCAAAGAGGAUGUGGAGGACAUACUUUUGCGGAUGCAACAGCAGCUAGAGGAGACCAGCCAAGCCUGCAUCCAUGGACAAGCCUUUUUCCACCACCUUUCUGACAUUCCUGACACCGAACAAGAGGCGCUGAAGAUCAUGUCCAAUAUUUUGUAGCUUUGUUAUCUUUUGUUACCUUUUCCAUGGAGGUAUAGAGCUAGUUAAAACAAACCCUGGAUAAAGUGCAUUUGGAAAGUAAUCAGACCCCUUGACUUUUUCCACAUUUUAUGUUACAGUCUUACUCGAAAAGGGAUUAACUUGUUUUUUGUUCAUCAAUCUACACACUACACCAUAAUGACGAAGCAAAAACAGGUUUUUAGACAUUUUUGCAAAUGUAUUAAAAAUGAAACACUGAAAUAGUACAUUUACGUA